AUGUAUCAUUCUUUCCGCUACAUUGCAUUCACCGUGUUCGGCCUGGUCAGUACUGCCGUAAUAGCCACGCCUUGUACACCUGGACAGUGGAUCGACUUGGCCUCGAUUCCGUCCCCCCGCCAAGAGCACGGUGUCACGGCAAUUGAAAACACGACUAUCGCAAUUGUCGGUGGCGAUGUUCCUGUUGGAAACGUUUCGGAGACCACCGAUUUGAUUCAGCUCUAUGAUAUUGCGUCUAACACGUGGACCACUGGAUCCCCAAUCCCUUACAAAGUCAAUCAUCCAAAUGUCGUCGGAGUAGGGCAAAAGCUGUACUUACUCGGUGGUCUAGCUUCAGGCUCCCUGAGUCCAGGCCUGACUCUCAAUUUGGUGGCCUCCGGGGACUCUUACGUAUAUGACGCCUCGACAGACGUCUGGACCGAUCUCCCUCCCAUGCCGAACGGUACAGAAAGGGGAAGUGCGAUCGUCGGUGUUCACGAUGGAAUCAUCUACCUUGCUGGUGGAAUGACAGUGCUUCAGAGCGGAUACCAGGACGCAGUCAAUUCUGUCAUAUCCUUCAACACUACCUCUAAUGAAUGGCAGAGACUACCUGCACCUGCUGCUGAGUUACCUGAGAGUCGCCAACAUGCAGCUGGCUCGGUUGUCGGCGACGCCUUUUAUGUGUUCGGCGGCAGAUGGUAUGGUCAGGCGAAUACUCGUAACACGGUCUUCAGGCUUGAUCUGACAAAUCAAACAACUGGCUGGCAAACGAGUCCAGUUAUGCCGACUGCUCGUGGGGGCAUCAGUGGAGGUGCGGUGGGAGCGAAAUUCUACGUAUUUGGUGGUGAGGGAAAUCCGGAAUCUUCCACGGGGGUCUUCAAUCAGUCCGAGGUCUUCGAUACGGAAUCUCAAGAAUGGACCGUGUUAGAGCCCAUGAAGGUGCCCCGCCACGGGACACAAGCAGCUGCGGUGGGUAGUUUGGUGUAUAUUCCGGGAGGUGGACUCCAACAGGACGGAAAGGAGGUUGUGGUUGAUGGGGCCAUAUCAUACCAGCAGCCGACGGCGCACUUUGAUGCUUAUUGUACUUGA